AUGUUUGAAGAUGAAUCUUUGCGCUCCAAGUAUACACGGCUUGGUGUAGAAUUUAAGAAAUUGCGAGAAAGGCAUCGCAUUUUGAAGGACAACCUUAAAGAAUCUACUGACCGCCUUGCUUCUCUCGAAACCAGGCUUUCAGACCAAAGUAUUCACACACGUAAUCUGGAACAUGAAAAGGAGAGUCUCAUCUUUCGGAAUAAGUACCUUAUUGAGCAUGCCGCCUCACUAGAAAGUCAACUUGGGGCUCUCACUCAGAGGCACAGUCGCUCGAGGUUGAACGAUUAUACAGCCAGCGUGACUAUUCAGGAUGAUGCCCUUAGAUGUGUCCUACAGGAGUGCAACAAACUUCAUGAAGAGCUGGUGUCCCAAUCCUCGAAAUUUUUGGCUAGAAUUGCCGAACUAGAAUCUGCUAAUCUAUCGCCCUCCAAGGGAUUGCAAAGAAAAUCUGUUGCUGUACAGACGUCAAGUAUUCCUUAUUUUUCUCCGUUAACACAGUCUACUUCUUCCGUUGACGCGACAUCGUCAUCUCUGGAUGCAUUGCACCUACGGGAUACCGAGCAAGAAGGUGCUGCAGCCACGAAUGAGGCCACCUCGUCUGCCAAGUCUGGUGAUUUCAAUUUCCACGAGAUUCAGAGGACUGACCAAGUUCAAAAUAACACUUCCGCUCCUGACCCCUUCGAGACUAAUCCAGACCUCUCGGAUCCAUCCCACAAAUGUGCAAAGAAGCAUUCCAUAUCGGACGCCGUGUUCCACCAGGUCGUGCGUGGGGAGAAACUGAGCCCGAGAGAAACGCUCCUUAUCGAGCGCAUUUCCCAGCUUGAGAAUGAGCUUGCAGAGGAGUUAUUGCGACAACAUCUGGAGACAAGGAGGCUGCAUCUUAUCCAACGAUCGACCCCAAAUCCCAACCCAUGUGAGUCUGCCGUCCCUUCUCCUGUUGAUCCCGAAGUUCUUGUCAGGGAAAAGCUUUUGACAGAAUUCUAUGAAGGACAGUUGCUUGAUCGCAACAAACAGCUUUGCGUUUACGCUGGACGUGUGGCUGAUGCUUAUGAGGAGAUCAGAAACCUUCAUGAGCGUCUUAAGUCAGUUCGGCGUGAGGUCGAAAAUUAUCGAGAAUUGACAGUGGCGGCCGAGGCUAAAGCCAACAGACUAGAGGAGGAGCUGGAUUCGACAAAACAGCGCACGGCUCAGCAGCUCACUGAUAUGGCGAUGCAUCUGGCCAACCUCACAGAUGACAUUCAUGAACUGCGUGGUGGUCACGACGGUGGCGGCGUUGUUUCCCCCGCCAAUGGAUCUAACUCCGUGGCCGGUGGUUUUGCCAAGGUUGAGCUGGAAAAUCCCUUAAACGUUUUCACUCGUCAUUCGAUUGACGUGAUGUUCCGUCACGUAAGUCCUAUUCAGGUAGAGAAAAAUAUUCGAGCCCAUUCCAUUUACGUUGACAUUUGUUUCUCCACGAGUGACUGA